UCUCAUCCAGCAACGUCACCCGUAGUUUACCCUUGACACAUUACUUACAUCCUAUUUGUGAAACAUUUCCCAGGGCUUUUCUAAUCCAGUUGAUCUAAACUGACUGUGCGAAAAAGCCAUCAUCAUCAAAAACCCACAAGAGAAAAAAAAAGGUAAAGCCAAACGGACAGAAAAAAAAAAAGGAACCACCGCCAAAUUUUUUUUUUUUUAAAAAAAAACUUCAAACGAACAACCCACACAUUUUCUUCUUCGUUUUUGCAUUUCUUGCAUCUACAUAUUGCAUAUUAUUAAUAGACUCUCGAGACAUACUUACGGUUACAUAUAUCCGCCACUAUAUCGCUACAUUACACUCAUCCAUCUUCAUAAAACACAUCCACAGCCACAUAUUAUAAACUACAAACUAAAGCAUGACAUCAAUGGAAGGAGUGGUCCAAGGAACCGACAUGGAUAACCAUGCCGCUACGAAACAGCAUCAACAGCAGAUAUACAACACGGGCAAGCCGAACCUCAAGGAGAAUGACAGUCAAGUGUUGACCAAGAAAAUAUCAAGACACAGUGAUAAGGACACCACCACCAAGGGAAAAUACACACUUAAUGAUUUCCAGAUCUUACGAACACUAGGAACCGGGUCAUUCGGGCGAGUGCAUUUAACACGAUCAGUACAUAAUGGGAGAUUCUACGCCAUGAAGGUAUUGAAGAAAGAACGAGUAGUUAAUAUGAAACAAGUGGAGCACACCAAUGACGAACGGAAAAUGCUCAAGUUACUGCAGCAUCCAUUUAUAAUAAGAAUGUGGGGCACAUUUCAAGAUUGUCAUAAUUUAUUCAUGAUAAUGGAUUAUAUAGAAGGAGGAGAAUUGUUUUCAUUACUAAGAAAGUCCCAACGGUUCCCAACACCUGUGGCCAAGUUUUACGCUGCCGAGGUGUUUUUGGCCAUUGAAUAUUUGCAUAAUCUAGACAUCAUAUAUCGAGAUUUGAAACCCGAGAAUAUCUUGUUAGAUAAGAAUGGUCACAUCAAAUUGACUGAUUUUGGAUUUGCCAAAGAAGUUACCGAUGUCACCUAUACCUUGUGUGGUACACCAGAUUAUAUUGCCCCUGAAGUAGUUGCAACCAAACCAUACAACAAAUCGGUGGAUUGGUGGUCUUUUGGGAUAUUAAUAUUUGAAAUGUUAACAGGUUACACUCCAUUCUACGAUCCAACGCCAAUGAAGACCUAUGAAAAUAUCUUGAACGGUACCAUAACCUACCCUGAUUAUCUUCCUCCAGAUAUCCUCGACUUGUUACAGAAAUUAAUUGUCAAGGAUUUAACGCAAAGGCUUGGUAAUUUGCAAGGUGGAUCUGACGAUGUCAAGAACCAUCCCUGGUUCAAAGAAGUUAUUUGGGAACGAUUGUUAUCACGAGACAUAGAAACACCUUACGAACCACCAAUCACUUCUGGAAUUGGCGACACUUCUCAAUUUGAUAGAUAUCCCGAGGACAAGGAUCUUGAUUAUGGAAUCAGUGAUGUGGCUGAUCCAUACGGAGAAUUAUUUCAAGAUUUCUAGAUACUUUUCAUUUUCAUUUUCUUUCUUCCAUUGUAUAAUUUGUGCAUUAUAUAUUACUUUUUACCUACGAACACGCCUCAGUAGACGUCAUCCAAUCACUCUUUAAGAACUCAUCAACACUCAUACGGCGUUUAGGAUCAACGUCUAGCAAUUUGUAAAUAAUCAACACUCGGAGUUCAUUCAAUUCAUCACCUUCUUCUUCUUCUUCUUCCUCUUCCCCAUUU